CCUUCCUAUUUUGAGGCCCGGCUAAUAUCAGCAUCGUAAUAUGGCCCAAAGCUCAGAAACCGCCUCGACGGCGCCGCUCCCGAGCGCCACGGCGACCGCCCCUCCUCCCUUCCACAUCUACGUCCCUGGCGAGAGACCAAACGAGAACCGCGGGCCGGAGAUCAUCGCGACCGUCGCAUCUCUCACUGCCAUGGCUUGGGCGUUUGUCAGCCUGCGUCUCUUUGUGCGACUCAAGUUCGUCCGCUUCGUCGGCACCGACGACUACUACAUGGUGCUCGCAGCGGCAGUUUUGACGGCAAUGGCGGGCGUCAUAUUCGUCGAGGCCAGCAACGGACAAGGCCGCCAUAUCGAGUACAUCGCACCAGACGACUACAAGCUGGCCACCAAAAUGAACUUCAUCUCUCAGCCCCUGUCCCUGACUGCGCUCACGCUAGCCCGUUUGAGCAUCUGCCAUCUUCUACUGCGGUUCGCCCCGUCCAAGGGCUACAGGUGGUUUCUAUGGUUCCAAAUCGUCCUCAACAUGGUCGUGUGUACAGUGUUCUCUCUCCAAACACUGCUGCAAUGCCAACCCAUGGAGUUCAUCUGGAACAAGGACCUUCCUGGCGGCGGCUAUUGCAUGCCUCCGAGCGCCUUGGUCAUUGGCGGCAUGAUCAACUCGUCCCUUACCGUCGUUUCCGACUUUGCCCUCGCCGUCCUGCCCAUCCCGAUGCUGUGGAACGUGCAGAUGAACUGGCGCGUCAAGGCGUCCAUCAUUGCUAUUCUGUCGCUUGGGUUUUUCACCGUAGGCGCGGCCAUCAAGAAGACGAUCGCGCUCACCAAGUGGGGUGAGCGCGGAGACUUCAUGUGGGACACGGUCGACAUCACGAUAUGGUACACGGCGGAAAUCGCCGUCGCCAUCAUUGGCGGGUCCAUCCCGUGCCUCAAGCCGCUCUUCACGCGCAUCCUCGCCAGCACGACCAGGUACGGCACCGGCGGCAGCAGCGGCAAGCCGCCGCACCCCAACUACUCGGGGGCCCGGGCGUCGCAUUUCUACGGCGCGCGCGCCUCGCGCCACCUGGGCGGCGGCGGCGGCGGCGGCGGCACGGGCCGCAAGUCGAUGCCCGGCACCGCCACCGCCACGACGGCCGGGAGCGACCCCGAGGCCAGCUACGCCCUCGGCAUGUACAAGAAGAACACCUACAGCAGCGACCGGACCCGGGCCGGCAGCGGGCGCGGCGACGAGGCCAGCGUCGAGGGAGGGUUCUUCCCCGAUGGCGUGUCGGUCUCGGCGCCGGGAUCGGUGUUGGACGCCGCCCCGGGCGAGGGGCGGCCGAGCGACGAGCGCGACAUCAUGCAGCGGUCCAGGGAAUAUACAAGACCACCCCUCGGGAUCACAAGGACGACAGACGUCACGGUCUCGGUGGAGGAGGCGCAUGAAAAGGGCGUUCAAUACAUGGUUUGAGGAAGGGGGAUAGCACGUUGGUUUUGAGGGAAGCACGGCGUGGACCAAGUCGUCCAACGCCGUAGUAAUUUGCAAACUCCGUCCGAGGCUCUUCACAGUUCCACCGCUUCGACCACCCAAAGUUUCAAAUGUCCCACCUCUUCCAAUUUGACCGUGAUUGAGAGGGACUGCGAGCCACGGUUGUUUGUAAUUACCAACGUACUCGGGACCUCCCCCUCUGCCUGGGCAACAGUCAUUGUCUCGUCUUCCUUGUUGCAGUAGAGCCCAAUGAAUGAUCGUGGAGAGGGAUGGGAUGCUGUUCCGGGGUCUGCUCCUAGACUACCAUUGCUGUGAGUUGAUACUCGGCGGAAGUAAGUCGCAAACACUAUCUCCUCCUUGCCAUUCCAAA